AUGGUGUCACUCUAUAGAAGCUCUACUCUCUUUAUUAGAUCACAAGUAGGAAAUCAAGGGGCCAAUUUGCAGGAUCAAGAUAACAAAUUCAGCUCUAAACAUGGCGUCCUACUCGCAUCGGGAUUCCUCUCACUCUUCUUCUUGAUCAGCUCAGUAGGAGUUGGAAUCUUAUUCUAUAGAUCUAGAAGCAUCAAAUCCACUUCAAAACCUUUAAAACUUACCAAAACUCCUCAGCAAACUGAUCAUUUAGUCAAUCUGAUUGCCAAACCUGCUGAUUGUUGUCGAUCGAUAGUCAAAGAUGAUAUGCGUGCAGAUUGUAUUAGAGGUCAUCCAAUUCAAAUCCGAACAGGUGUUAUUGAUAUACGAUCUGAUUUAGAAUCAGAUUCACCUAUUUCUAAUCAAUCGAAUCUGACUUCACCAAUCGAAUGUUCUAAUGAGAGAAGAGGAUCAAUUAAAACUUUACCACCACCUCAAUAUGCCAAAAUGGAUCCAGAGACUACCUUUGUUACCUUAUAUCCUAAUUCUCGUUUAGUUCCUGAUGAAUAUCUAUCUCAUGAGGAAGGUCAUAGUCUGUCUCACAUUGAUUGGCCCUUGAGGGGAUAA